UCGGCUAUUGCAACCUUAAGUCACCCUGAUAGCUUAAUGGUACCAAAAUAAAAGCUAAUCCACAAAAUGUCCUGAAUAGCAAAAUAUUUGUCUGUAAAAGCUUACACAUUUCAUUAGAAAGAUAUCCAUAUAUAGGACUCCAGCAACCUUAAUUAGCCUAAAAUGGAUUUUCUUUCACCUUCCCUAUAUUCUGCCAUAGCUGGACUUAUUACGAUAAUUCUUUUCUCCCACUAUCUUCUAAAGAGGUCAAGAGUUGGCUUAGCUAAAACAGUACCUAUUGCUCCUGGUGCAUGGCCUGUAAUUGGUCACCUCCCUCUAUUAGGGGGAACCCAACCUCCUCACCUAACUUUGGGAGCCAUGGCUGACAAGUACGGACCACUUUUUACCAUCAAGCUUGGAUUGCACCCAGCUUUGGUGGUGAGCAGUUGGGACAUGGCCAAAGAGUGCUUCACCACCAACGACUUGGCUGUGUCAUCGCGACCCAAUUUAGUAGCCGCAAAACACAUGGGCUAUAACUAUGCCAUGGUUGGAUUUACACCCCAUGGUCCCUAUUGGCGUGAAUUGCGUAAAAUAAUCACGUUAGAGCUACUAUCAACCCGUCGGCUUGACCAGCUUGCCUAUAUUCGAGUCUCUGAAGUUGAGGUGUUCUUGAAAAGUCUAUACAAACUAUGGACCAAGGAAAAGGAUGGGUCAGACCAAAUUUUAGUGGAGUUGAAGCAAUGGUUUGGGGACAUGAGUCUCAACGUGAUUCUUAGAAUGAUCGCUGGAAAGCGGUACUUUGGUGUUAAUCAUGAUGUUGUUCAUGAAAAAGAGGCACGAUGCUGCCAAAAGGCGGUGAGGGAUUUCUUUCAUUUUCUGGGUUUGUUUGUGGUGUCGGAUGCAAUUCCAUAUCUUAGGUGGUUGGAUUUGGGUGGACAUGAAAAGGCCAUGAAGAGAACUGCAAAAGAGAUUGACAACAUUCUUAGGGAAUGGUUGGAAGAGCAUAAGCGAAAGAGAGCCUCCGGUGAAACUAAAGAGCAAGAUUUCAUGGACGUAAUGCUUUCAGUCACCGAUGGAGCAGACCUAGGAGGUUAUGAUCCUGACACAGUCAACAAAGCCACAUGUUUGAAUUUGAUUGCAGGUGGAAAUGACACCACUGUAGUAACCUUAACUUGGGCAACAUCACUAUUGUUGAAUAACCGCCAUGUGUUGAAAAAGGCCCAAGAUGAGGUUGACAAUCAAGUGGGCAAGGAAAGAAUUGUAAACGAGUCGGACAUAAAUAAGUUGGUGUACCUCCAAGCCAUAGUUAAAGAGACUUUACGUUUGUAUCCUGCGGCACCAUUAUCAGCACCACGUGAAUUCACUGAGGAUUGCACCAUAGGUGGUUAUCAUGUCCCAAAAGGCACCCGGCUAAUCCCAAACCUUUGGAAAAUCCAAACAGACCAUCACAAAUGGUCAGACCCAUUAAAGUUCAAGCCGGAAAGAUUUCUCACCACCCACAAGGAUGUUGAUUUUAAGGGGCAAAACUUUGAGUUUAUCCCAUUUGGAAGUGGUAGAAGAAUAUGCCCUGGAGCAUCUUUUGGAGUUCAAAUGGUGCACUUAGCACUUGCUAGUUUUUUACACAUGUAUGACAUUUCUACUCCUUCGAAUGUAAAGGUUGAUAUGACAGAGAGCUUUGGACUCACAAACUUGAAAGCCACCCCACUUGAAGUUCUCAUCACACCACGCCUGCACCUCAUGAGCUUUAUGGGUUAGUCCGUCUAAAUAGAAGUAUAGAACUCAAGUGUACUUCUAAGUGUUGUUGAAUUUUUCUUAUGGAUUUUGAUGAAGUAAAAUGGAAAUUUCAGUGCCUAUAUGACACUUUUGUCAAAUAUCAUGACAUGCACUUAAUAUCAUACUUUCGGUGCU